AUGUCUUCCACAACAAAACGUGUCGAACCUCCACACGACUCGGAGCGCCCGGUCAAGCGGGUUCGGGUCGAAGAAGACGAAGAAGACGACGAAGAAGACGACGAGCAGGAAGUGCUGCAUGCCGAGCCACAGAAAGCCUCGGACUUGUAUCUUGAUACCAUAAACAGAGUUGUAUUGGACUUUGACUUCGAAAAGGUCUGCUCUGUCUCGCUGUCGAACAUCAACAUCUACGGCUGCCUGGUCUGUGGGAAGUACUUCCAAGGCCGAGGCCGCAGCUCCUAUGCAUAUGCCCAUGCAAUUCAUGACGAUCACCACGUAUUCAUCAACCUCGAGACUAAGAAGGUGUACGUCCUUCCCGACGGGUAUCCCGUCUCGGAUCCUUCCCUUGAAGACAUAUCUUUUGUCCUUGCACCUUCCUUUACUGUCAGAUCCGUUUCCAAACUGUCCACCGCCGAACAUCUCCGGAAGCCAUCGUAUGACCUUUCAAACAAGCCAUACAUCCCCGGAUACAUCGGCCUCAACAACAUCAAACGCAAUGAUUACAUGAACGUCAUAGUCCACGCUCUUCUGCACGUUCAGCCUUUGCGAGAUUAUCUGCUUCUUUCCAACUUACGUGGCAAGGAGCCGGAGAUGCUGAAGCGAUUUGCCGGUCUUGCAAAAAAGGUAUGGAAUCCCCGGUUGUUCAAGAGUCAGGUCAGCCCGCACGAGUUCUUGCAAGAAGUCAAUCGCACGAGCGCUGGAAAAUUCAGUCUAGAGAAGCAGGGGGAUCCCGUCGAGUUCCUUGGAUGGAUGCUCAACCACCUGCACAAGGACAUAGGGGGUACAAAGAAGAAGAAUUCUAGUGAGCGAUAUCCCUACCUUCUUGGUGGGAGCAAUGAUAGAUUGUUGGUCAUAGGCGUCAUCUUCUCCACCUUCCAAGGAGAAGUUAGGAUGGAAACACAACAAGUACUCGUACGACCGGACACUGGCGGCAAUGAAAAGCCCCGUUUUGAUAUCGACAGAGAGAUCAAAUCCGCUGUGUCACCAUUCUUGUUCCUUGCGGUAGACUUACCUCCACCCCCGCUUUUCCAAGAUGCCAUCGAGAAGAACAUUAUUCCCCAAGUCAGUAUUCAAUCAGUACUAGCGAAGUACGAUGGUCAGAAGACACAGGAAUCGGCUGGGCAGUUGCGGAGAUUCAAAUGCCAGCGACUGCCGCAGUACAUCAUCCUGCACUUCAGGCGCUUCACUAAAAACAUGUUUGUUGAGGAGAAGAAUCCCACGAUCGUCAACUUCCCUUUGCGCGGACUCGACUUCCGAGAAUAUGUCGAUGCGCUGGCUUCUCACCCGUCAACCGUAUAUGAUCUGAUUGCCAACAUCACCCAAGAGUCCGCGGCAGGCACAACUCACGACAAGGACAGCAUGAUUUGGAAGGUCCACCUUCGCGCCGGCGGAGGCGGCGGAGACAAUGAAAGAUGGUACCAAAUCCAGGAUCUCAUCGUGGAGGAGAUUAGAAAGGAAAUGAUCGUACUCGGAGAGACCGUGCUUCAGAUCUGGGAGCGGAGGGCUGAGGGUGCCUCGGCAAACGGCAUGGAUGUAGACAAGUCAUGA